GUAAACAAUUCAAAAACGGCUAAACUUGUCCUUCCUGCAGCUUAUUUGAAUUUACAGUGUUUUGGUUCUUUUGCAUGACGAUAUUUGCCACUGGUUGGAACCUAGAAAUCUUCCAUUCUAACUGAACAAACAUUGACAAGACUAGCUCUAUGCCAACCUGCAGUACAGUUUGAUUUAUGAAUUGUAUUCAUGUUGGACUUCUUGAAUGGAUUUUCAACCAGGGACAUUUUUAGAUGAUUCAGGUAUAUUGCCAGUAUCCAAUGCAGAAGACAUUAUCCACAGCACACCUGUCAAGUCGUCCAUUCCUCCAUUUUCCACCAAAAAGAAAGCUCACGUUAAGAAAACUGUCAGCGUACCACCACAUACUGGCGGAUUUAGGUCACCACCUCCUCCACAGAGACACGCCAACCAUUCAAAGACCCGCCCACAUGACCGAAGCCAUGUUACCGGACGAGUGGCACCCUUAGCUCACACUCCGCCUCCAAGUGAGAUGCCUCAACAACAGUACCCUCCCUUUGAUGGAAGCGUCUCAAAAAACCCUCCUGCUGACAGCAUCUACAGUCAUUUAUUUGAAAAUCGUCGGAACAAUGAAGAAGGAAGUUCUCCAGUUGGACAGAGAACUAGGUUUGUCCAGCCAUCCAGUCCUGGUCAGUCUGGAGGUGGACAUUACCCUAGCGGUCAUGCAAGUAUGAUGAAGACAGUAUCUGUAGCGAUGACCAGUCCGUCUACAGCCCAUGAAAAAUACUCCCUAAGGUCACAGAAUGGCUCGGAACAAGAGAACUUGACUAUUAAGAAGCAAAGGCAGGAAAUUCAGUUGUUGGUCGCCGAGCUCCGAGAUCGAGACAGAGAACUUAAUGAUAUGAUGGCGGCCCACCAACAUCAGCUGUUGUCAUGGGAACAAGACAGACAGCGAAUCCUGUUGUUGGAACAGAAAUGUGCUAGAUAUGACGGUGAGUUAAAUGAGAGAAACAAACAGUUAAAGAAUGCUGUAUCACGACUCAAAUCACUUAAGAACGAGAGCCAUAACCACAGCUCCACGCUGGAGUCGACAGUGGAGCAGCUAGCCAAGCUGAGCUCGGAGAACAGCCAUCACACGUCUGUCAUACAUGAUCUGGAGGAGAAGAACCAGUCACUUAGUAUGUCCAAGAGAGAACUCUCUAGUACCAUUGGUCAACUCCAGGCCAGGGAACACGAAAUGAUUACUUUGGUCAAACUAAAGGAACAAGACCUGACCACUGCAACUGCCCAUAUACAGGAGCUGAAUGGCCGGUUAAAACAGCUGGACAUUCGUAGUAGAGAGUGUCAGAACAGAGAGGUGGACGCCAUCAAACAGGCAAAUCAGUGGAAACAGAAACACAGCAACCUCAAACAGGAAUUGGAACUCUCCACGGAGCUGGUGACGAAGAGAGAUUCAGAGUUUCAGGAGAUGACGGGGAGGCUGGAUAAACUCAAACAUCUACAGACUGUCAUACAGGAUGAAUUCAAUGACCGAGAGAAGUGUAAGGACCAAGUGAUUGAAUCGCUCCGAGCAAAACAGGGCAGAACAGACCAUCAGCUCCGACAUGUCAGAGAGUUGUAUGAACGCCAACAGAGGGAGCUGAAUUUGUUGCAGUUGAACUUGGACACAACAAAGGAGAUUAUUACAAAACAGCAGGGUAGUCUGGAGGAGUACAACUCAUCACGAGGAAGUGGCAGUUACGGUAACAAGUCCCACAGUAGCCUGUCUCCCACGCCAACCAUCAACGAAUCACCGCGCUACCAAAACUUAGAAACACAAAACCAAGCUUACUUACCAAGAUCAUACCCACAGAAAGGGGGACCAUGUGAAAAACAAGAUAACUCACAAAGGCAGAAUGCCAGUUCCUCCCGGAUACCAGCACCGUCAUCAGCUUCACAACGCCAGAGUGGAAAUUCCUCCCGAACAUCAGAAAGGCAAGAGCAGCACCGUCUUCGUCAACAUUCACCCGAGUUAGUUCCAGCGAGCCCAAUUGAAACUAGAAAUUUUCAUGAAAGUUUACCUGUGGGAUUGUUGGAAUCGGAAAACUUCAGCAGGAAGCAGAAAAAAUCAAAUUCUCCGAAAAGUAGAAGACAGAUUUUUCAUAAGCUUUUACCUGUUGCUCAAGGUCAUCAUGAAAUUGACAAAGACACUCGAAAUGAACAUGUUCAACAUGAGCCACAAAGUACUGUUCAAAUGGAACAAGAACAAAGUGCCGAUUUUGAACUUCUGUCUGAGCAGAACCAGGACAGCGAUGGCCAGUUUAGGACUCCUCCAUUGUGUAAAAACGAUAAACGUGUUUCUCAUAAAAAUUCCCCUGAGGAACAGAACAUCAGACUUUCACUGGAGGAUAGCUGGAAUACAGAUUCUGCUUCACAGAAACCAGUCAGAUGGCAAGGCCUAGGGGACGCAAUGCGGAGUAAUUCCCCAGGUUCUGCAAGACAGCGUACACAAAGUUCCGGUGAAGAGGAAGAGAGACAAAGACUGACUCAGGGGGAUCAAGGAGGAAAUAAUUCACCGAGAUAUGCAAGUGGAAGACGACCUGAUGCAGGGGAGGUAAUCCUGUCUCACUCUCCACAGGAGAACAGAUCUGUGUCCUUCGAGGAUAGACUUUCUUCGUUUUUAGAUGACGAACAUGAACUUGACGAUGAUUUCUCAGCCAGAAGACAUCUUGCCAGCUCCGAUCCUGAAGCUUCACCCGGUAGAAAACUGCAGCGUCUUCUACUUGAGUCAAAGAAAAUGAUUGAAACUCUGGAGAAAUCUACAAACCCUUCGUCUCCAUUGAAAGAGGAUGAAGCCAGAGAGGGAGGCAGCCAGUGACAACAGUAAUAUUGGAGUUAUGAACUGUAAACAAUUUAUGCAAUCUAAACUACCCAGAAACUGAUGAUGUUUUUACAAAUAUUGUAUUACUCUUUCAAAACAUUGUCACCCAUGAUAUUUGAAAGUUCAGCAUUUCAUCAUACUUAGUUGGUUCCACUAAUUUGAAUGACAUUUCAUUAAAACACAUUUUAUCAAAAAGAUUUUAUAUUUUUUUUAGCAUCUAUCUCUUUUGAAAUGUCCCAGAAUCAGAUCACCCAGAUAAUCAUCAUCUCUUGGGGUUUUUUUCCUCAUUAAGCUGAAGUCUCUUCUUAUUUGGUAAACGUCAAGCAUAAUUUUAAAAAAUAAAAUAAAAUCAGAAGCAAAAUUUUGUUUGAAACUAUUACGUCAGGAAAGUAUUAAUUUUACAAUGGAGUUUUAAGCAAUGUCUCUUAUGAAAUGUCAUAUACUGCCAUGGCUAUUUAGUCAGGGAAAAAUUAUGUAGGAUGAAAGUAGUUUAAACUGUUUAACAGGAUAUCAUAUUUCUUUUAGCAAGCAUAUGUUAUUUUAAAACUAUUCAUACACACAAAGGUCAUUUUACUUUGCAAGAAUACAUCAGAUACUCCAAUAUGGCAGAAACAGAUUUUGACAGAGAAAGGUUUUAUAGAUUUUAUCUUGUUAACUCAUUCACCCCUGAAGUUUCAUAAUGAACUAUUCCAACCUUUGAAUUGGAAGAGUUCAAAUGUGUCUUCAGGGGUGAAUGAGUUAAAGAUAUUCCCAGUAAUUUAACUGUUUUGUACAGUAACAGUCUUUUAGACUAAAAAAGUUCAUUAUUUUUUUUGGCACAACAUUUCAAUGGCACAGCCAUCCUUAUCAAAUGCCUCAAUGUUUAUGUCCAUCACUAAGGAAACUACCUUAUUAAUCAGUAAUUUAAUGAAAUGAAAUCCCGUCAAACAAGCAGAAGAGACCAACUUUAUUAAAUACCCUGUUAAGAUCUACUUUUAUUAGUCUUUUUUGAUAGGAGUUAUUCCCCUUUUCUGAUAUGACCUUUUGUUGAAAUCUUCUACAAUUUGUGAAAAAUCGUUUAAAGUUUACCCAGUAAUAUUUUUGAAAUAUAACUUUCAUUCAGACGCAUUUGCUGGAAGUCAAAAACGAUGUUUUCUGUGAAUAAAUAUAAUUAUUUAUUGCUUAAUGCAGGAACAUUUUACAUGAUAUAUAUACAGUAUUCUGUUGUUUUCCAUAGGUUGGAAUGCCAAAAUUCUCAAACAGUGCUGUUUUAAACAGUGUAUUUAGGUACAAUGUGUCUGUAUAGUUCAACAGAUUCACAGCUGAUGUAUUUAUUACCUGGUACUGUUAUACAGCGAUAUCCGUCCAUGUCAUAACAAAUAUAUUGCAGCAAUGUUGUUUUUUUGAAAAGCAACAAAUAUAUAACGUUUACAUCUCAUUUUAUGUUUUCUUUAAAUCAAUCUCAAAAUUAUACAUCACAUUUUACUUAUUUUAUCGGUGAUAAAGUCUUUCGGCUCUGUGCCCGAAAAAUCGGUCAAAUUAGGGGUUGGCAUAUUUCUUGUUACGAGCAAAGAUAUUCCCCUCUCCUCCUCACAAAUAGAAGGAGAGAGGGAGAGAGAAAUGAGGGGGCUUAUCAGCAGGCAUGGGCCUACCACCACUAAAAUAGGGUUCACAUUGCUUCACAUUGCUAUUUACUAAUGUAAAAAAAAACAUGCUGUCUCCCUAUUAAUAGUUACAUUGUAUGUAGCAUUUCAUUCCUUUCUACAAUGUUUCAUUGAUUAGCAGUAUUAUUUUCACCUAGUCAAUAGUCUUGAACAUUUUACAUUCCGAACCAGCCUUGUAUUUUAGAAAAAGGAAAUAAUGCAAACAAUUUUGGUGUCAAAAGGUAAAGGUCAUGGUAAGCUAUUUUGAUUUGUAAAAAAUCCAUUUAUCAAUUAACCUAUUCUGCUCUAUUUAAUGAUAAUGAUAUGCAAGAUGUUGGAUUAUUAAUUAGCAAUAAACUUGCAUUCUACUUAUCAUGAGUUUUUGUCAGGUACAUGUAGACUAUGUUUACCUAAAUUCUCCAACCUACCAGGUAGCAACCAGAAGCAAUUUCUAAUUUGAUGAUCAAAAUGACCUGUUUAUGUUUCGAAACUGACCUGGAAAAAUAGGAGCCUGAAUUCAUCAUAUAAAAAAAAAUUAAGGACAUAUUUUUCCUCGUGAUUUAAGCAUUAUUUACUUUUAAACAUUAGACAGCAUUUGUAUUAGUUUGUAUGCAUUGUAAGUAUAAGUACACAACUCAACAUACAAUGGUUUUUUAGUGAUAUCCGUACAGGUGUUUUUAAAUAAGUCAUCUACCUACCCCCAGUAAAUCAUUUUCUCCUUAAAAAUUUUCAAUGGGAAAACAGUUUUAUAGCAUUGAUAAUAAGAUGGUUUGGGUUAACAUGUGAUUAUCAGGGAAAAAGGUAGUUUGUGAUGGAUUCAGACAUCACUUUAUUGAUGCAAAUGUAUCAGCUUACAUCAAUUACCAGUGAUGAAUAUGACAUCCCUGUGAGUGUGUGUGUGACUAUAUUUUAUACACUAGUUAUAUGUUAUUGUUGAUAUAUCAGAU